AGGGGGCUACUGAAUGGGAGCAGUCACUGGAUUCGUGUGAUACCAACGCAAGCCACACAGACAUCCUACUACUGCCCAUCAUAUCUGACUUUUGGGGACGUUUAGAGAAAAGCAGAACAAGAUCACCUCUAUUUCUCCUGCUGUCCCCUUCCCCUUUCCUUCUUCGCGGAUUCUUCAGGGAGAGAAAUCCUGCAGACAUGGCUCAGAUACUACCGAUACGAUUUCAGGAACAUCUGCAGUUGCAGAACAUGGGGGUGAACCCGGCCAACAUUGGCUUCAGCUAUCUCACCAUGGAGUCGGACAAGUUCAUCUGCAUCAGAGAGAAAGUGGGCGAGCAGAACCAGGUGGUGAUUGUGGACUUGUCGGACCCCACCAACCCGAUCAGGAGGCCGAUCUCAGCUGACAGCGCCAUCAUGAACCCCGCUAGCAAGGUCAUCGCCCUGAAAGCGGCCAAGACGCUGCAGAUCUUCAACAUUGAGAUGAAGAGUAAGAUGAAGGCUCACACCAUGACAGAGGAGAUCAUGUUCUGGAAGUGGAUAUCGGUAAACACUGUUGCCUUGGUGACAGACACAGCGGUUUAUCACUGGAGCAUGGAGGGGGAUUCCCAGCCCGCCAAAGUAUUCGAUCGGCACGCCAGUCUGGCCGGAUGUCAGAUUAUCAACUACAGAACGGACGAACAACAGAAGUGGCUGCUGCUGAUAGGGAUUUCUGCACAGCAAAAUCGGGUGGUUGGGGCGAUGCAGCUGUACUCUGUUGACAGGAAAGUGUCCCAGCCCAUCGAGGGCCACGCUGCCGCCUUCGGGGACUUCAAAGUGGAGGGAAAUGCCAAAGCCUCCACUCUCUUCUGCUUUGCUGUUCGCUCACAGGCGGGAGGAAAGUUGCACAUCAUUGAAGUUGGCCAGCCAGCUGCAGGAAACCAGCCAUUCACAAAGAAAGCAGUGGAUGUGUUCUUCCCCCCUGAGGCGCAGACAGACUUUCCUGUAGCUAUGCAGAUUGGUAAUAAGCACGGUGUAAUCUACCUGAUCACAAAGUACGGUUACAUUCACCUGUAUGACCUGGAGUCUGGAGUGUGUAUCUACAUGAACAGAAUCAGUGCAGAGACCAUCUUUGUGACAGCACCUCAUGAAGCCACAUCAGGAAUCAUCGGCGUCAACAAGAAGGGACAGGUCCUGUCAGUGUGUGUUGAAGAAGAAAAUAUUGUCAAUUAUGCCACCAACGUCCUGCAGAACCCUGAUCUAGCCUUGAGGAUGGCCGUGCGGUCAAACCUGGCCGGGGCUGAGGAGAUUUUUGCCAGAAAGUUCAACACGCUGUUUUCCCAGGGAAGUUAUUCAGAAGCUGCGAAGGUUGCUGCAUCAGCACCAAAGGGUAUUCUGAGGACGGCAGACACCAUCCGUAAGUUUCAGAGUGUCCCGGCUCAGCCAGGUCAGGCCUCUCCUCUGUUGCAGUACUUUGGUAUUCUACUGGACCAGGGCCAGCUCAACAAGUUUGAGUCUCUGGAGCUGUGCAGGCCGGUCCUGCAGCAGGGACGAAAGCAGCUUCUGGAGAAAUGGCUGAAGGAGGACAAGUUGGAGUGCUCAGAGGAGCUGGGAGACCUUGUGAAGUCCUCAGAUCCGACCCUCGCCCUUAGCGUGUACCUCAGAGCAAACGUCCCCAACAAGGUGAUCCAGUGCUUCGCUGAGACCGGACAGUUCCAGAAGAUAGUGCUGUAUGCUAAAAAGGUGGGCUACACCCCAGACUGGGUGUUUUUGCUGAGAAAUGUGAUGCGGGUCAACCCAGACCAGGGACUCCAGUUUGCUCAGAUGCUGGUGCAGGACGAGGAGCCGCUGGCCAACAUCAACCAGAUAGUAGAUGUUUUCAUGGAAGGCAGCCUGAUCCAGCAGUGCACAUCCUUCCUGUUAGAUGCUCUAAAGAACAAUCGUCCAGCUGAAGGGCACCUACAGACACGUCUGCUCGAGAUGAACCUCAUACACGCCCCCCAGGUAGCAGAUGCAAUCCUGGGGAACCAGAUGUUCACACACUAUGACCGUCCCCACGUUGCUCAGCUGUGUGAGAAAGCAGGGCUGCUGCAGAGAGCUCUUGAACACUACACAGAUCUGUAUGACAUCAAACGGGCCGUAGUGCACACACAUCUGCUCAACCCUGAGUGGUUGGUGAACUUCUUCGGUUCUUUAUCAGUAGAGGACUCGUUGGAGUGUUUGAGGGCCAUGUUGUCGGCUAACAUCAGGCAGAACCUGCAGCUGUGUGUCCAGGUAGCGUCUAAGUAUCACGAGCAGCUGGGGACUCAGUCAUUAGUGGAGCUUUUUGAGUCCUUCAAGAGUUAUGAGGGUUUGUUUUACUUCCUCGGGUCGAUUGUGAACUUCAGUCAGGAGCCUGACGUCCACUUUAAGUACAUCCAGGCGGCCUGUAAAACGGGUCAAAUCAAAGAGGUGGAGAGAAUCUGCAGAGAGAGCAACUGUUAUGACCCGGAGAGGGUCAAAAACUUCCUCAAGGAGGCUAAGCUUACAGACCAGCUUCCUCUCAUCAUUGUUUGUGAUCGCUUUGACUUUGUCCACGACCUGGUGCUCUACCUCUACCGCAACAAUCUACAGAAAUACAUUGAAAUCUACGUACAAAAAGUGAAUCCCAGUCGUUUACCUGUGGUGAUAGGAGGUCUGUUGGAUGUAGACUGCUCUGAGGACGUCAUUAAGAACCUCAUCAUGGUGGUCAGAGGGCAGUUUUCCACUGACGAGCUGGUGGAAGAGGUAGAGAAGAGGAACAGGUUAAAACUUCUUUUGCCGUGGCUCGAGUCCCGAAUCCAUGAAGGCUGCGAGGAGCCCGCUACCCACAAUGCACUGGCCAAGAUCUACAUCGACAGCAACAACACACCUGAGCGCUUCCUGAAGGAGAACCCGUUCUAUGACAGCGCUGUGGUGGGAAAAUACUGUGAGAAGAGAGACCCUCACCUGGCCUGUGUGGCUUAUGAGAGAGGACAGUGUGACCUGGAGCUCAUCAAAGUUUGCAAUGAUAACUCGUUAUUUAAGAGUGAGGCUAGAUAUCUGGUACGGCGGAAAGAUCCAGAGCUUUGGGCGAAUGUGUUGGAAGAAAACAACCCCUUCAGAAGACAACUUAUUGACCAGGUGGUGCAGACGGCUCUGUCAGAGACUCAGGAUCCAGAAGAGGUGUCGGUCUCGGUGAAGGCCUUCAUGACGGCGGACCUGCCCAAUGAGCUGAUCGAACUGCUGGAGAAGAUCGUUCUUGAUAACUCCGUCUUCAGUGAACACAGAAACCUGCAGAAUCUGCUGAUUUUGACGGCCAUCAAGGCAGACCGCACUCGUGUGAUGGAGUACAUCAACAGACUGGAUAACUACGACGCUCCAGACAUCGCAAAUAUCGCCAUCAGCAAUGAGCUCUUUGAAGAAGCUUUCGCCAUUUUCAAAAAGUUUGAUGUCAACACCUCAGCCAUACAGGUAUUGAUUGAGCACAUAGGGAACUUGGAUCGUGCCUAUGAGUUUGCAGAGCGCUGUAAUGAACCUGCGGUGUGGAGCCAGUUAGCCAGAGCUCAGCUGCAGAGAGACCUGGUGAAGGAGGCCAUCGACUCGUAUAUUAAAGCUGUUGACCCUUCAGCAUACAUGGAGGUGGUCAACGCAGCCAGCAAGAACAAUAACUGGGAAGACUUGGUGAAAUUUCUGCAGAUGGCUCGGAAGAAAGCGAGAGAGUCGUACGUGGAGACUGAGCUGAUCUUUGCUUUAGCUAAAACAAACCGUUUGGCUGAGCUGGAAGAGUUUGUCAGUGGGCCCAACAAUGCUCACAUACAGCAGGUGGGGGAUAGAUGUUAUGAGGAAGGAAUGUAUGAAGCAGCCAAGCUCUUGUACAACAACGUGUCCAACUUUGCUCGUCUUGCAUCAACACUCGUCCACCUGGGAGAGUACCAGGCAGCUGUGGACAGCGCCAGGAAAGCAAACAGCACACGGACAUGGAAGGAGGUGUGCUUUGCAUGUGUGGAUGGAGAGGAGUUUCGGCUGGCACAGAUCUGUGGUCUUCACAUAGUGAUCCACGCUGACGAGCUGGAGGACCUGAUCAGCUACUAUCAGGACCGCGGGUACUUUGAGGAGCUCAUCGCUCUGCUGGAGGCCGCCCUGGGACUGGAGCGCGCUCACAUGGGGAUGUUCACCGAGCUCGCCAUCCUCUAUUCGAAGUUCAAACCCCAGAAGAUGAAGGAGCACCUGGAGCUCUUCUGGUCCAGAGUCAACAUCCCAAAGGUCCUCCGUGCAGCAGAGCAGUCUCAUUUAUGGGCUGAGCUGGUGUUCCUUUAUGAUAAAUACGAGGAGUACGACAAUGCCGUCCUCACAAUGAUGUCUCAUGCAACAGAUGCGUGGAAAGAAGGGCUGUUCAAAGACAUCAUUGCUAAGGUCGCUAACGUGGAGCUCUACUAUAAAUCUCUUUCCUUCUACCUGGAAUUCAAUCCUCUCCUCAUGAACGACCUGCUGACCAUUCUGUCUCCACGUCUGGACCACAGCCGAGCUGUCAACUUUUUCAGCAAGGUGAACCAGCUGAAGUUGGUCAAGCCUUACCUGAGGUCUGUCCAGAGUCACAACAACAAGUCUGUCAAUGAGGCUCUCAACAACCUGCUGACAGAGGAGGAAGACUACCAGGGCUUGAGAGCUUCCAUUGAUGCCUAUGAUAACUUCGACACCAUUGGCCUGGCGCAGAGGUUAGAGAAACAUGAACUGAUCGAGUUCAGACGUAUCGCUGCUUACCUGUACAAAGGUAACAACCGCUGGAGACAGAGUGUGGAGCUCUGCAAGAAGGACAAACUCUACAAAGAUGCCAUGCUGUAUGCUGCAGAGUCUAAGGAUGCAGAGCUUGCAGAGACUCUGCUCCAGUGGUUCCUUGAGGAGGGCAGGAAGGAGUGCUUCGCGGCCUGCCUCUUUGCCUCCUAUGACCUGCUGCACCCUGAUGUGGUGCUGGAGCUGGCCUGGAGGCACAACAUUAUGGACUUUGCAAUGCCAUACUUCAUCCAGGUCAUGAGAGAGUACCUCACAAAGGUUGAUGGGUUUGCAGCGAAGGUGACGGUGGACAAACUGGAGGAAUCAGAGAGCCAAAGGAAAACUGAAGAGGAGGUGACGGAGCCUCAGCCGAUGGUGUUUGGCCAGCAGCUGAUGUUGACGGCCUCUGCAGCUCCAGUGGCUCCACAGCCAGCGUACCCGGGUUACGGAUACCCAGCAGCAGGAGCUGCAGGUUACCCCGCUCAGCCUGCCGCUGCCCCUGUAGGUUACCCUGCUCAGCCUGCCGCUGCCCCUGUAGGUUACCCCGCUCAGCCUGUUGCUGCCGCAGGCUUCCCUGCUCAGCCCGCUGCAUACGGCUUUAACAUGUAGAGACCUGAACCCAGCCUUCCCCACCCCUCUUCCCUGUUUCUCCCACACACAGUCACACACUUAAACCUGAUCCACACUGAACUCUGCUGCUGUCUCAGUUCGCCAGCUGAUGGUUACUGAGAUCUUGUUCCCCACAAGACUCCACCCAAGAUCCCUGAAACUGCAAUAGAAACUCUCCAUCUCUGUUUUUCCCCCCUCCAAAAUACACACUUCAGGACAGAAUCCAUGCUGUUGGACCCUCCCUCCUCUCCUCUCUUUUCCUCUUGGACGUUAUAACUGCAUCACUACACAGCAUGAAGUCGCCUCUCAGCUUCUAGAGGAAUUAGCAAAAUGAAGAUAACAAUAGUGACACCAAACCACCUUGUCCUGUUCUACCUGUUCUAUGUAGACUAUAUUAACUUAGAGCAGCCUUUUUUUUUCUUUACAUUUUUUUCAUAAAGAUUCAGCACUGAUUAGGAAGAGACUUUGAUACUGAGGAGUUGAGGGGCAUGUGUGCAUCUCCCCCUCACUUCUGAAGCACUGCUACAGCCUGACACACUUUGAUGAGGGGGUUAAAAAAACAAAAAAAACAGGCUCAUUAGUUCAUAUUACUUUACAUCUGUCUCACUCUGAUUAGAGGAACAGGUACAGUGCAAUAGUUCUGUUUGUCCUCUCACUACAGGUACAAAGUGUUUGCUGUAUACGGACUAAGAACACUUGUUUUAUGAGGUUACGAUACUGUCUGUGUACUAUGUGUGUGUGAGUGUGUCUGUGUGUGGGUGUAGCCUCUGAAGCCGCCUUUUGAGGGAAUUUGUCGCCGAACAAAAAGACACUCAACGAAUUGUCCACUCCAUUGCAGUUGCAAAACUCUGACUCUGAUACAGGACUUCCGGAUGUUUGUGACACAAUCACAAAAGAAAGAAAGAAAGAAAGGAGGUGAAAUGUAAAAAAAAAAAAAAAAGAAAAGAAAAAAAGAAGAAGCUAUAUGCUGUAGUCUGUGCAUGUGCUGCCAAACUAUAAACCUGCAACCAGGAGCACAAUUUUCAUGUUACACUCAAGUAUAUCAAGUAUUACUAAUGUUGUGUCAAAAAUGAAGUGAUGUUCGAUGAAACUUUGUCAUCCGACUAACAGAAAAACUCCAGCAGACUAGAGGAGAUAAAAAAGCAGGGGAACAUUAGCUCAUAUCCUGGUGGUUGAAGAGGAUAAAAUCAUUAUUGUACUGAAAACUGUAUAAUUUAAAAUAUAUUGAAAUACCUAACUAAUCGAAGAAGUCAAAUAUUAUGAAAUACCGUAUGUAUUAUCUAUAGUGUGUUGUUGUAGUCUAAAAAGAAGCAUAAUGAUUUUUGUAAGAAAAAUGACAAAAUGCAAAAACAGCAGGGUGAAUAAAUGGCCGAGUCUUGAAGCAAGGCUGCUGAAAGUGCUCAUGAUUCAGUCGAUUGUUUACUUCUUGUGCUGUCCUACAGUCUCUGUGUGAUACUCUGAACUAUGUCCAAGCUUUGGAAGAGGAGAGCAACAACAACAACAACAACCUGAGCUGCACACGAAGCGAUCCCUUUAUCUGCACAAGUCGCGCAAACAGAAAGAGGAAUAAAGUUUACACACAC